UGCUUAUGAUGGCGAAUGUAAACUUCCUGUCUGCUAAAUUGUAUCUCAGAAACAAAUAACUGCAUAUUCAGUCGUCAUGUAUGCUUAUGACGAGGGGGAUGACCCUGCAGAUAAUUACCAGAAAUCAGUUCGAGAUCGGGCUAAUGUCAGUUUGAAUGAGUUGGAGGAUGUUCUGAUGGGGACAGGAAAUAGUCCCAACAACUCUAUGACGUCGUAUGCCAAGAACCAGCUUAAGACCUCUGUACACCCACGCACACUCAAGUGGUAUGAAGACUCUGGCCGUCCACAGAAGUACAAGGAUGCUUCCAAUCAGCUGGGUCAUAUUCUCAGCUCGCAGCAGGAGAAACAGCACAUACAAAAAAUGACUGGACCAGAACCACAGAAGGCAGUCCAUGGUCCCUUGCCAUCUGUCGAGGAAGCGGCAGCCAUUUUACAAACCCAGACCAGUUACAUUCACCAGCUAGAAAAUGAAAACAGAUACAUCAAGGAAGAGCUGUUUGCACUGAGAGCGAAAGUUGGAGAACUUUUAGAUGAAAACAGAAGACUUCAUGAUGAGUUAAAGAAAAGUGUGAUGCAAGAAGUAUUUGGUGUAGAGGGUGAUUUUUCCAAGGUAGACGAUUCCUUCCUGAUGGAUGACGGAAGACCGGCUUUCCAAAGUCGGGAUAUUCGCAACAUUCAGAUAGAGAUGGAGCGCCUAAGUUCUAUCCAUGCUGCCCGAACAGAGAGACUGGAGUCCCAACUAACCCACUCCAGAGAGGAGAUCCAGAGAUACGAACAGCUUACAGAGGACCUAAGGUCACAACUACGCAUGAGGGAUGUGAUCCCUACCCGAGAGGAUGGCAUAUUUAUUGAUACUUCCUACUUGUCCGAUGCUCAAAAGGGCUUCCACAAACAGACCAUUGACAGACUCACAAAGGAGCGUGAUGAACUGAUGGAGCAUGUGACGGUUCUGAAGGGGCGUGUUUCUGAGAUGGUAGGGCGUGAGGAGGAAGCCUACCAGCAGAUGAAAAAAGGCAUUGAACUUGUGGAGGAGGCCCAGUUUGAGCAGACACAGGCCAUGGUACAGAGGGAACAGUUGAAUGAGGAGCUCAACAGCAUGAGGCGCCGGUUUGAUGCUCAUAUCAACGACACACAAAUAAAGAUGAAUGAGGAUAGAGAAGCAGUGCGACGGGAAAAUACGACAAUUGUAGAGGAACUAAAUGGCAAGAUAAAGGAGCUCAAUCUCCAGACAGCUGCCAUGUCUACACAAAUGGACAAGGUCACGCGGGACAAAGUGGCGCUCAUCAAUGAACUAGAUGAACUCAAGGUGCAGCUACGUCGAUAUGAUAAGGAGGCAGCCAUGUCUACAGAUACAUUUCGUGCUGAGUCAACCAAUGCCAGUCUACAGAAAAGCCAUGCCCAACAGGAGGUGGCCCGUCUGAGGAAGGACAUGGACACACUACGCCGUGCCAAGGACCAGGAGAGAACUCAGCAGCAAAUGGAGCUAGAUAACGCCCGACGACGUCUACAGAAGGCUGAACGUGAUCUAGUGAACAGCAAAGAGGAAUGUAUACACCUCACCACCACUACACAGGCCCUGGAGAGAGAGCUUCACUUGGCAAAGCUGGCCCGAGACAGCGUUGAGCGCGGACGUAAUGAGGACCUCAAGGCUAUAUCUCACCGCUCACAGCACCGCGAGGAGGAACUCAAUACCUACAUAGACGAAAUAGAGGACAAACAUGCACGAACCUCCCAUGAUAUGGAUGUAAUGAUUAAACGUCAAAACAAACUUAUUGGCAAGUUACGGGAUGAGUGUAAACGACAAGCUGCCCAGAUAGAGACCCUGACCAGGAAAAACAGGACCCAAAAUGGUAACUUAAAGAAGCAAAAUGAAGAGUUACGUAUGCGUCUGGAUCGAGCUGUGACUCGCCUAAAAGAUCUGGAGGACACCAGUGAUCAGCAUGCUCGUGUGCACGAAAAAAUGAAGGAAAGACUGAAAAUGAUGGAUGACCAUACACAGACUCAAUCACAACAGAUGCUAGACCUCAUAGCCAGUCAGAGCAAACUAAACCGGGACCGUCAGCUAUUAGCACGGGAAGUGGAGUUCCUCCGGCGACAGAUUGCCCAAUCAACAGAGGAGGAGCUACAGAAAUACUUCUCUUCCAAUAAAGGACUUGUGGAUGAGAUUUUGUCUACUGUCACUUCAGAGGAACGUGAAAAAAACUUUACGCCAAAAGACAGGGUGACUUUCAGUGAGGACAUAGAAACGUGAUACAGGAGGUCUCUGUGAUCUUAGUAAUAUAGGUUUUAACUGUGGUAGACAGUGCAGUAGGUUGUGUCUCACCAGACAGAACUGAAACAUGUGAUAUAGCACAAUAAAGUGCCUAGCCAUCCAUAUUGGUCUCACACCGGCCGGUACCUGUGAUGGGGGAUUUGGAGUCUCACACCUGGGCAAAUAUGUUUUACCUCAUACUGAUUGGCCAAAAGUAAGGCAGCUCAAAUCUUACAUACUGACAUACAGACCAAGCGAAUAAAUGAUGACUAGCUUUUUUAAGCAAUUGUUUUGUUCAGUGUGUGCCAUUCUAGAUUGAGGAGAAAGGAGUAUUUAUGAUGAUUGACAGAGAACCUAAAACAACAGUGUCCUCACAGAGAAUCUGGUUAUGGUUUCUGUCAUUGAACUUAAGUUAACAUUAUUUAUAGGACCAAGGAAGCAGUAUAGUCAGUGUGAAAGAUAUCACUUUACUAAGUUACUAGAGUGUAGUAUGGAUCUUCGUAAUAUGCAAGUUAUUUAUAGAAUGUAUCUUUUAUAGCAAUUUCUGUACUUCCUUGGAAAAUGCAACAAUUUUGUAAAGGAAAACUGAGAAUAUAUAUAAAUAAAGCUAUGUAAUGAA